AUGAUAUUUAUAUCUGAACAAAUUUCAGCAUCCAUCUUAUCAUUACCCACUGAACUAGUGUAUCUGAUUCUCGAUAAUCUUGAUGAUUUUACAAUUUUAUGUUCAAUUCGUAAUGUCUGCACACGAUUGAAUCAGAUCAUAGAUACAUAUCCUCGAUAUCAGACACUCACCAUACUCAAGUUUCGUAGCAAGCACAUCGGAGCUCUUGAAGCACAACAUUUGGCUAAUGCAAUACGAAAUAACUAUGUACUCACCACACUAGAUGUCAACUACGAUUCAAUUGAAGACAACGGAACAGAUCAUAUAGCUGAUGUAUUACGAAAUAACACGACAUUAACCACAUUAAAGCUGCAUAGCUUUUACACCGCAGCGCUCCAAAUUCAGCAUCUAGCUGAUACACUACGAAAUAAUACAACCCUCACCACACUAGACCUAACCUACAAUGGAAUUGGAGACCAUGGAGCACAACAUAUCGCUGAUGUAUUACGAAAUAACACGACACUUACCACACUCACUCUUUCUAACAAUGACAUCAAUGAACACGGAGCAAAACAGCUGUCCGAUGCAUUACGAAAUAACACAACACUCACCACAUUAGAUCUUAGCUUCAAUCUUCUCGAAAGGAGAGGAACAUUUUAUCUAGCUAAUGCAUUAUAA